UCGGCUGACUUCCGCUGUAGCCGGUUUACGCAACAGACGAGGCCAGUCUGUUCACUGGGAAAAGCAUUUGUAAGAUAAAAGUCCUCAACGAAAAGAUGUUGCGUGUUGUAGCGGGUCGCGUAGCUUCGGCGACGUGCAAGGCGUUAUUGCCCCGAAACGCGGCUGUCGUCGUCGGGACACAGAGUGUCCGAGCUGCCCACGGCGGUCCCAAGGAAACCGAUGCGGAAUUUGACGAGCGAUACACGAACUUCUUCAACCGCAAAGAUAUCGAUCACUGGGAGAUUCGAAAGGCCUUGAACGACUUGGCCGGUAUGGAUCUUGUGCCGGAACCAACGAUUGUAAUCGCAGCACUGGGAGCGUGCAGAAGGUUAAAUGACUUUGCGCUUGCUGUAAGGUUGCUGGAGACCAUAAAGGAUAAAGCUGGACCAAAUGCUGACAAGAUUUAUCCGUAUAUAAUUCAAGAAAUCAGACCUACUUUGAACGAGUUGGGCAUCAGCACACCUGAAGAGCUGGGUUACGACAAGCCGGAAUUAGCCUGCGAAUCGGUUGAUCAUAUGUAAUUAACUAAAUUAAUACAAAUUCUAGUAUUUAUAUUCUUAGCUGCUGUCACAGAUGCGCUCGAUGAAAGAAUAAUUUGUCAGUGAAACUGAACUAUACUUUCAUGUACCUGCGUUAUCAGCAGCGCGUUGUUGAAUAAACAAUUACAAUUGUCAUAAUUACGUUUGUUGUUCGUGAGGAAUCGAACGUAAUUUAUGAUACUGCGUACUUUUAAUUCUAUUGAGUUUAACAGAGACUUAGUUACAAAGAUAUAUGAUGCGGAAACUGAAAAAUUGCAAUAAAUGAUGUCGUGAAAU